GACCGAUCCAGACAGCAGUGACUUCAACAUUCACAAUAAGGCACAGCAACACCUCUUCCCACGACGCCAUAUCGUGCUCUUCAGUCUCCCCCAACAAUCGCUGCAGGAAUGGAACCUCGCACAUCUUGGGAAAUGGUGGCAUCUCCAUUUCCUGACGACGAGCGUCGCGAACACGAGGACUCGGCGACUGUAGAAGACGAUGAUCCAACGUCACCGGCACUGUUGAAUUUCCGUGCCAACGCGCGUGCAAGUCGUGAUCGCAUUGCGACUUACCUCCGGCGCAUGAGAGAGGAAGCCGCAACGAGUGAGAAAGAGGCCGUCAAUAAUGACUCUACCGCGAAUGAACCGGCCGGAACAGUUGAUAACGCGAGCCAAUAUGCCAGACCUCGCAGCGAAUGGCCCACCUUCGGCCGCUUCCCCAUGCCUGAAGAUGCCGAUCCGAACAUCGUCGCCCUGCGCCUGGCCGAGGCAGAUGAGACAGGAGAGACGACCACCGGCCACCCCUUCUUCGACAACCCUCUCAUCUUCACGGCCGACACCUAUCCCAAUGGACGGUCGUCCUUUAGCUCCACCGACUCGGAUCCGCGCAUUUUCAAACCCCACGUUGACUUCAUCGAUCCCGAAACCCCGUGGCGUAGAGAGACACAUCCAGACGCUCCCAUGCCGUGGGUCAUAGGAGAGGAUGACCCCGCGGAGCCUUCGACAACGGAGGAUGAGGACAGAUGUGUGGUCCAGAAAGGAUGGGUGCAGCCUCAACGCUCAGUCACGAAACGGGCCGGAGAAGCCCCUGAAAUCGAGGAAGCUGCCGGAGAAGUCAUGUUCUUGCGCAGGAAGAAAGCUUCGCGUGAUAUGCGUUCGGAUUUGCCUAAGGUGUAUCAAGAGCAUGAGGACCAAGACGGACGCAAAGAUAGUCGUCUCGGCACGAUGGACUUGGCAGAAGUGGAUGGCAUUUGGCCGCCUGGAAUGCGCCGAAGCAGCUCUCAGCGAAUGAAAAGGAAUGCCGUGAAGAUUGUCCGUGCACACGAAGCGGAGAAUGCAAUUGAGUCGGAUGACGAAGAGGAACCAGGGCCUCGCGGACCAGAAAUUCAUAUUCGCAGGGCAUUGAGGGCGACCGAGAACGUCAAUCCGGCGGUGCAAAGACAAACAACACCGUUCUCAUCACCCCUCCGAACCCCAAACAUCAAGAUCGUCAAGCCAGAUGGAAACGAGGACAACGAGACCGGUACAAGCAACGAGGCACCCGCUACAUCUCCCUCUCCAUCCUCUGCCAGCCCAAAACGCUGGUGGCAGCCAUUGAAGUCGCCAAAAGGUAUCCUCAAGAAGGGCUCUCCUUCCAGUAGCAACAUCUCACCCGCUAUCGGACCAAGGUUGCAAUGGGCCAAGGACGUUGCCUUCGGACCUCGUCAGAACCCGCAGCCUGGGAACUCGCCGCCCAUCACGCAGGUCUCCACCAUCUUCGCGCCGCUUUAUGGAGUCGCCAAUGACGCUUCAGAUUCCGAGAUGCAAGCCUCUACCUCCUCACCCCACAUGAGUCAAGGGAACUACAACGACACCACACGCUUAGCACCGGCCAACUCGGAAGCAGCAGAGUCGACGGACAGCGAUUCGACCAUCACACCACUCACAGCGCGGAGGCGGGAACUCGUGGACAGGCUUGCGAAGCACUUGACGAAGUCUUGAGGUGUAUGCUUACUCUGAUGGUUGCUCUUGUUCGCGGAUGGCGGGUAUCCAUGGAUGAACGUUCUGGGUAUGGAGAGGGCGGGCAAGUGAUGAGCUAUGAUCAAGUUUACGACGGUUAUGAAUGGUACAAAAGGCGGGCCAAUAAGCAUCGACAGCGGCACAGU